AUGCCACCGAAACAUGUCGCUGUCGUAACAUGCAGCACCCGCACUCCCCGCCUGAACCCCACUAUAACGCAAUACAUCUAUGACGUCCUUGCCUCAGAUCCAACAAUUCCAACACGCAAAGCAACUUCACCGUCUAACACCGAUAUCUCACCUGAUACCGAUCCUCGACACAUAACCCUGUCAAUUCUCGAUCUAGCCGCUCAAUCCCUCCCUCUCUACGAUGAGAACGUCAUCCCAGCCAGCCUUCCACCCACGGACCCAACGCCACACUACUCCAAAGAACACACGCGUGCCUGGUCUAAGGUAGUCCGUCAAUACGAUGCAUUUAUCUUUGUGACACCGCAAUAUAACUGGAGCAUCCCUGCAAGCCUGAAAAAUGCUCUUGAUUACCUCUUCUUCGAAUGGAGGGGUAAACCGGCAGCGAUUGUUUCAUAUGGGUCUCGAGGUGGAGGCAAAGCAGCAGAGCACUUGCGUGGGGUAUUGAAUGGGCUGAAGAUGCGGGUUGUUGGGACUUCAGUCGGUUUACCAGUUAAAUUUACAGGUUUGCCCGUUGGCAAUUUGUCAGAGGUUGAGGAGAGGGUUGAUAUUGAUGAACGGGAUCUAGAGGGAUGGAAGGAGGCGGGGGUGGCAGGGAUGAUGAAGAAUUUGGGAAUGGAGCUUGUUUGUGAAUUGGACAAGGCAUAG